AUGACGCAAGCGCCCAUGAUCUCGGUGCCUCUCAAGGCUACCAACGAGAUUGACUGGGUCACGCCUUUGAAGUCCUACAUCCAAAACACGUAUGGCGACGACCCCGAGAGAUAUGCCGAGGAAUGCGCCACGCUCAACCGGCUGCGGCAAGACAUGCGGGGAGCUGGGAAGGACAGCACCGCGGGGAGGGACCUCCUAUACCGGUACUAUGGUCAGCUCGAACUGUUGGAUCUGCGCUUUCCGGUCGAUGAACAGCAUAUCAGGGUCUCUUUCACCUGGUUUGAUGCUUUCACACACAAGGCCACGGCGCAGUACUCGUUAGCGUUCGAAAAAGCGUCCAUCAUCUUCAACAUCUCAGCUGUCCUGUCUUGCCACGCCGCCAACCAGACACGAACCGAAGAAGCAGGCCUCAAGCAGGCAUACCACUCGUUCCAAGCCUCGGCCGGCAUGUUUACGUACAUCAACGAGAACUUCCUCCACGCCCCGUCCUCCGAUCUUAGUAGGGAGACGGUAAAAGCUCUCAUAAACAUCAUGUUGGCGCAAGCACAGGAGGUAUUCCUGGAGAAGCAGAUUGCCGACCAGAAGAAGAUUGGCCUCCUAGCGAAAUUGGCAAGCCAAGCUGCGACGCUUUAUGGGCAGGCACUCGAGGGCAUACAAGAAAACGUCACCAAGGCAAUAUUCGAGAAGGUAUGGCUGCUGAUGGUACAGGCCAAGUUCAACUUGAUGGCUUCCACUGCCCAGUACUACCAGGCGCUUGCCGACGACGACGCGAACUCACACGGCAUGGCCGUCGCUCGGCUACAGGUGGCCGAGAGUCACGCGCGAGAAGCCAAUAAAAUUGCCACCAACUUUCCAAGCUCCGUGCCGCCCAGCUCGAACCUGACAGCAGACUGUGGCGCUACACUAGCCGAGGGCACCAAGAGACACCUGGCUACGGUUCAGCAAAAGCUCAAAGAACUGACCAAAGAUAAUGAUUUUAUUUACCACCAGCCGGUGCCUGAUGCGGCCGGAGUACCGGCAGUAGCAAAACUACCGGCUGCGAAACCAAUCCCAGUCAGCGAGCUUUACGCGGGGCAGGACAUUCAACGGAUCACGGGCCCUGACCUGUUUGCGAAGAUCGUUCCCCUAGCAGUGACCGAAUCAGCGAGCUUGUACGAUGAGGAGAAGGCGAAGCUGGUGAGGGCAGAGACGGAGAGGGUAGACACUGCGAACGGCGAGAUGGCCGCAAGCCUGGAUUACCUGAGGCUACCUGGCGCCUUACAGGUUCUGAAGGGCGGCUUCGACCAGGAAAUCUUGCCCGACGAGGACUUUAGGACAUGGUGUGUCGAUGUGGCGGACCACGAAGAUCCCUCCAAGAUUUUCGACGUUCUACAUACGCAGAAGCAAACGAUAGUGGCGUGUUUGGAGAGGAGCAGCAAGCAAUUGGACAUGGAGGAAAGCGUGUGUGAGAAGAUGAGGUCCAAAUACGAGUCGGAUUGGACGCAACAACCCAGCUCGCGGCUCACCACCACACUAAGAGGUGAUAUCCGAAAUUAUCGGGAGGCAUUAGACGAAGCCGGGAGGAGUGAUGGUCAACUCGCCACGAAGCUACGGCAGAACGAAUCCGAGUUCGGCGAAAUGCGUUCAGCCGCCGAGAACGGUGAGGUCGACGCUCUAUUCCAACGAGCUGUGAAGAAGGUACGGAAAUCGAGCAAUGCCAACAGCCCCUCCUCGGAACCCAACCUACUCGAUGCCGACUUCGACGAUGGCGGGCCUAGUGUUGUCGAUCAAAUCGCCAAGGUAGAGGAUAUUCUGAAGAGGUUGAACCUCAUCAAGCGGGAGCGCAUUCAAGUGCUCAAGGACUUGAAGGAGAAGAUAUUGAUCCUGAACAAGAAGUCCAUCGCCAACUACGAGCAGCAGUUAUUCCAACAGGAGCUCGAGAAAUACCGGGGGUUCCAAAACCGUCUGGUCCAGGCGACCCACAAGCAGGCAGCCUUGAUGCGAGAGCUAACUGUCGCAUUUAAUGGUCUUCUGCAGGACAAACGGGUCCGGGCAGAGCAGAGCAAAUACGAGUCGUUCCAGCGACAGAGGGGAGCGGUGAUCGGAAGGUACAAACGGGCGUACCAGGAGUUUUUGGAUCUUGAGGCCGGCCUUCAAAGCGCGAAAACCUGGUACAAGGAAAUGAAGGAGACGGUCGAAAGUCUUGAGAAGAACGUUGAGACCUUCGUCAACAACCGGCGAUCCGAGGGCGCUCAACUACUCAACCAGAUCGAGCAGGACCGGGCCGCGAACAAGGGCGCGCAAGCUGCGAUGGAGCAGGAACGGAUAAGAGGCUUGAUGGAGCGCAUGUCGAUGGAACCGCCAGCAACAUCCCCCAAACCAACCUCGUCACGGCCGACGCCUGCACCCCUCUCUUUCAGCCCGGGACCUAUGUACCCCAAGACGACCUUUUCCGGGCAAUACCAGCUUCCCAGCUCACCUCCACCGACGCAAACCGCCGCCCCGCAGUCAUACAUGCAGCAGCCAGGGGGCCAGACUUUUACCUACAACCCCAGUUCUCAUGGCCGCAUUCCCGGCCCGGCGUCCCCCCCGCCAACACAAUCGACUUUCAAUAUUGGCCACAUGCGGCCCGGUCCAGCAUCCCCACCACCGACGCAGACCACGUUUUCCCAACCGUCGCGGUACAGCACUUACGGGAACCCAGCUGCCAUGCCGCAUCAACAACCGCAACAGCAGCAGCAAUUACCAAUCCAGCAACAGCAACAGCACGCGAGCUACGUCCCACCUAACUUUGUGCCGCCUCCGCCUCCGCCCGGACCGCCGCCACUGGGGCCCCAGCAAACGGUACAUUAUGGAGCGGGAUACUACAAUGGUGACCCGAACGCGGGGAGGCCGGGGUCGGCGCAGCAGCAUAUACCCGGGCAGGGACAAGGGCCUAACCAGGGGCAGCAGGACCCAUGGGCCGGACUGAGUGCGUGGAAAUGA